UCCGACCUGCGCAACUCGCGAAAGCCAGGCGCCCCCGGCAGCUGAGAGUGGGACGUCGACACACGUCGCUACCACCAACUGAGUGCAGAGCCGCCUCACCAGGCUACAACUCAGUACUACACGUUACUGGAGGACUGCUGCCCAGACGAGGACAUGGCUGAGGAGAAGCGCGGCCUGGAGCUGGAGCUGGAACUCAAGGAGCGGCCGCCACCUGCCACCCCGGCCGCUAUAGUGCCAGCCGACCAGCACGUGGCCUCCACGCUGCAGUUGGCACAGAGCGCUGAGCUGCAAUCGAGAGAGAAACUAGACGAGUACGACCCUUUCGACAAGAGGGAGAACAAGAGCGUAAGCGACGGCGGCGCGCUGAUGCACCUUCUGAAGGGCAGCCUGGGUACGGGCAUUCUGGCGAUGCCGAUGGCUUUCCGCAACUCUGGACUCGCCUUCGGCGCCGUCGCCACGCUGGUCAUCGGCUUCGUCUGCACCCACUGCGUCGGCAUGCUGGUGUCGGUGUCGCAGUCGCUGUGCCGGCGCACCCGCACGCCCUCGCUGGACUACGCACAGACCGCGGAGGCGGCCUUCCUCACGGGGCCCCCGGCUACCAGAGGCUGGGCCACCACUGCCAGGAGGAUCACGAACGGCACCCUCCUGGCUACCUACUACAGCACGAGCGUCGUCUACGUUGUCUUCAUCGCCACCUCUGUCAAGCAGGUGGGGGACCACCUGUGGCAGGAGAAGGACGUGCGACUCUACAUGGCAAUGGCAAUGCCGUUGUUGAUGGCCAUCGGCCUGGUGCGGCAGCUGCGCUGGCUGGUGCCCUUCUCAAUGAUGGCCAACGGGUUCAUCGUGGUGAGCUUCGGCAUCACUCUGGCUUACAUCUUCACGGACCUGCCGCCAACUGACCACGACCGUUCCAUGCUGGCCUCUCCUGCCCAGAUCCCGCUCUUCUUCAGCACAGUUAUCUUUGCUAUGGAAGGCAUUGGUGUGGUCCUGCCCGUGGAGAACAGCAUGAAGACGCCGCAGCACUUCCUGGGGUGCCCCGGCGUCCUCAACAUCGCCAUGGUGAUCGUCAUCUCGCUGUACGCCGUCAUCGGCUUCUUCGGCUACGUCAAGUACGGCGAGGCCACCAUGGGCAGCGUCACCCUCAACCUGCCAGUCGAGGACAUCCUGGCGCAGGUGGUGAAGCUGCUGAUCGCGGCGGCCAUCUUGUUCACGUACGGCCUGCAGCUGUACGUGCCCACACAGAUCGUCUUCUCGCCAGAACUGCGCGCCAGGCUGGGCAGCCGCUGGGAGACCACAGCCGAGGUCGCCUACCGGCUUUUGGUCGUCGUCCUCUCAGUGGCGGUGGCGGCGGCGCUGCCCAACCUGGGCCCCAUUAUCUCGCUGGUGGGCGCCGUCUGCUACUCGACGCUCGGUCUGCUGUGGCCCGCCGUCAUCGAGACGGUGGCGCUAUGGGAGCGAGGCGUCGGUCCGGCCUCGUGGCAUCUCUUCAAGAACGCGCUCAUCGCCGUCUUCGCGGUCACCGCCCUCGUCUCCGGUUCCUACGCCAGCAUCCUCGAGAUCGCAGAGGCCUACGGCUGAUGACGUCACCGGCAGCCCGCGACUCUUCCGCGGCCGUGUGUUCAAAUACUCCUCGCACAUCGUUGCCGGACACACAGCAGACACACAGUGCUAUUUAUGUUCUCUUAUCUCCUAUAUAUGCCAUGACUGUGCGACAUCUCCCUCGAGGACGCAAACAAGCAGAUGCUGGUUGGAAAAGAGUUUUCGAAAACCGACCAUUAAACUGCUCCUGCAAAAUAUUUCUUUACAUCAAGCUCUGCUAGUGGUCCUAACACACCAGUGACAAAACGUCUUGCCAAAACCCAAGAAUCUCUGGCCAAGGCAUCAAAGCGAUCACCCGGCGAUAGGCGAGCGUUAUCGUGCUGCUCCUACAUACCCUAUAUCCACUCUCAGAUUCAUUGUCAUUUAUGUUUUUCCAUAACGUGUUUGUUUGCAUGGCUAUCUUCGUAGCAGCUGUAAAAAUCAGUUAUUAUUGGUUUGUCCGUCUGAAGAUUGUUGCAAAUAAUUGAAGAGUAUUUCGUAGCACAUGCAUUUCUCUUUUGUUUAUAAAGCAUCUUCUGUGGUCAUUCUGCCAAUAUUGAUACAUAUUUGUAUAUUUUUGGACUACAAAGUUGGAGUGCAGGGAAGAACAGUGGUUCGCAGAAUGUAUGAAAAAGAUGCAGGAAAAUCGUAAAUUUAAAAAAAAGUACUUUUUUUAAUGUCGUUGUUCUUGUGGUCUUCAGUCCUGAGACUGGUUUGAUGCAGCUCUCCAUGCUACUGUAUCCUGUGCAAACAUCUUCGUCUCCCAUUACCUACUGCAACCUACAGCCUUCUGAAUCUGUUUAGUGCAUUCAUCUCGUGGUCUCCCUAUACGAUUUUUACCCUCCACGCUGCCCUCCAAUACUAAACUGGUGAUCUCUAGAUGACUCAGAACAUGUCCCUUCUUCUAGUCGUGCCACAAACUUCUCUUCUCUCCAACUCUAUUCAGUACCUCCUCAUUAGUUAUGUGACCUGCCCAUAUAAUCUUCAGCAUUCUUCUUUUUAAUGUAAAGCAACCAAAAAUGUAGAAACAUCUAUCCAUGUUUGCAGAAUGACCACAGCAGAUGCCUUGUAAACAAAAGCAAAACGUGUCUGGUGUAAAAUCCUCCUUAAUCAUCUACAGUAAGCUUAAGAAGGAGAUAUGACUAACAACUACGUGAAAUGCCUGUAGCAACAGCAAAAACAAAUUUUUCCAUUUCUUGGUGGAAACUGAUUUUAGGAAUUAUUUCUGUGAGCUUCACAUGAGGUGUCUGGCAGAUCCUUCUUGGAGGAUGUUUUCCUGCGUUAUCGUUUGCUCAUAAACUAUAUUUACUAAUGACCAGUUUUCUUUUCCUUGAGUAAUGUAGCUCAAUAAAACAUAACGUUGCUGCUUCUGAAUCCUUAGACAAAAUAACAGUUUAAAAUUAAAUCGUUAUUCCACACGGACUGUUAAAAGUUAUCAAUUGUUCCUAGUUAUGACUGACAGUAUCAGCAUUUAUGACAUUGUCAGACACCUUGAGAGCAUACCAGGGACGUAAAAGCAAUAGAAAAAACACUAAAGAAGAAGAUUACUAUAUAUAGAUCAUACCUGCAAGAUGCAUCAAUCCUAGCGUUUUUAUACCUUUAUCAUUGUUGUCAAACAUCUUUCAACAAAAUUUAUCAAAAUUAUCAUUUAAUUCAGCCAUUGGUCGCACAUAACUGAGUACUCCUUAACAACAGGUAACCUUCUGUUAAGGUUUGCAUUACUUGGAAUGUUAUUAGUACGUGCUCUCAGAUUUCAGUCCCUAAUACCACUGAAAAUUAUCAACCUAAGUUAUACUUUCAGUCGUCGGAAGAGAUGCCAGACUUGCAGAGCGAAAUGAGAAGUAACACUGGGAUCAUCAAACAACUCCCAAUGGCAAUUUUUAUUUAUUUCUGUUGUGUGUGCAUCUUUGAGCAAUUUCGGUACCCUUAAUAACGCAAUUAACAACAGCCAAGAGUUUUAAUCGUAAUUCUCAAUAACGUUUCCCAACAUACUUCUGGAAUAUCAGAGGAGCAUAGCUUAUUGGGAGCAGCAAUUUCUUCUCUCAGUAGACCAUUGUUAUGAUUUUCAGUCUACAUUACAGAUAAAUUUCUUCUCUGUUCAUUAUUAGUAUUUCAGUGGGCUUGCUUGAAGUCAUAACACCAUACCACCACUUUUCCUUCACUCGUGACAAUACCUCCAGAUGAUUCACGCAACUGACUUGAUUUUGGUAGGAUUAUGUUCCCAAAUAAAUGUAACUGCUCGCCCACUUCACCAUUUACUGCAUGAAAAUUAUUAGUACGGCACUGUGUAACGCUGAUUACAAAGACAGAUAACAAUAACCUGAAGGCAUGUGAUGGAGUAACGCUCCCAACAAGCUAUUUAAUAUUAUUAUGAGUGUGGAAACGAAUGAUUACUGCAAUCAGUUUUUUUAUAUGUAAAUGUACCUCCGUUUUGAACGAAGACUUUUACUGAAGGUAACAUAACACCUUGCGCGAAAUAUUUUCAGUGAAUGAGCUUGUUACUUAAUCUUUACCAUAAUUUAUUUUAUAAUCCAGUAUUAGACGUGAUGAAGUUACCACAAAAAAUUUAGUGUUACACUGAUUAAUGACUGCUUUGCUAACCCUUAUGCACUAAAGGAAAGCUACUUCGCUUUCUUCAUCAAGUUAGUUUGCGUAUUUUAAAGUGCAUGAAAUCUUUACAGGAUCAGUUUUAUUUUGCCAUGUAGUAAAUAAAUUUCUUGUACACUACAAAUACUUACAGAUACGUAUUUGUACUUAACGCAAAAGCAUUGCAUAUAAAUGUUUCUGCAAAACAAAAUACAUAUAGAGCCACAAUACACAUGUGACGACAGGAACAAGUGUUCCACGUAAAACAUGUAUGACUUUGGUCGAAGUAUUGUCGGGCUGUGUACCUCAGCAGGCCAUGAAAAAAUGUUAAUCCUUCCGAUAAGAUGAAUACAUAUGACACAUCAUAAAUUGAUUGACUGUGUAUUAUUACGACUACCGCCAUGGUCUUUAAGCUAAUGACCUCAACGUGUUCGAGUGUCUCGUCGCUACUGAACCAUGAAGAGUGCUGAGAUACCUGGAAUCAUGCCCUGGACAUAACCUGCUUUCAGUUCAGUUGUUGGGUGAACCCUGCAUAUUGAACAUUGAUUAACUGAGGCAGCGUUUCACUGCAUUUUUUAUCGUAUGAGCUGUGAAUAUCGUGUGAUAUUUUUCCAGUACAAACGCUUCAAAACGGCUGCAUACAAGGAGGCAGACGUCCAAAGAUGUACUAGCCUGCAGUUCAGUUUCCUGUGAUAAAAUUCUGUAGGCUACGAGAACUUCUGUUCCUUGUCGAGUGAGUAACGCAUGUACAUAUGAACAAGUGCUGUAUGCUAGCGUACGAGCUCGUAGAACAAGAGACAGUGAAAUUCGGACACUGAGAUGAAAACUAUGAAGUGGAUAUUUAUUGCAAGUAAUUGUGUACCUGAAAAUGGCAGCUUUUCACAAUAAAUGCAAGAAUCUAUUUCCACUGCAUCAUGUAACCAUCAGCUCAAGGCGACAGUCAUUUUCAGUGAAAUUAAUGUUGCUAAAAACAUAUUUUCAACUAAAUUAUUUACCAUGUGGGAAUAAAUUUUUGCUUCAAAGUGAUAGCUUUAUCGAGUGUUGCAUAGAAAAGAGACUAUAACAUCGAUCAGUUCUGACUUUGUUGAAUUGGCACUAUGUUGUUAUCCAUAAAUAUUUUUGUGAAUAUAAUAUAUUUCUGUUAGAAAAUAAAAUAAAUAAAUAAAGUGUUAA